AUGGCCUCCCUAACCCGCAGCUCCCGUACACUCCUACGGACGCUCCCACGGUCCUCAAUCGCUCCCCUCCCUCUCCGUGCGCUCUCCACCUCAUCCACGAAACGCGAUGCAACCACAAGCUCUUUCGACUCGCCAUUCAAGGGUAUGGGCGGCGACACCGCAUCCAAGAUCCCCGAUUUCUCCCACUACAGGAGUAAGCAAGGCUCGAACAGCAAUCUUGUGUUUCAGUACUUCAUGGUCGGGACGAUGGGUGCGUUGACGGCUGCGGGGGCAAAGGCUACAGUGCAAGAUUUCCUGGUCAAUAUGUCCGCAUCCGCAGAUGUGCUCGCCAUGGCCAAAGUCGAAGUCGAUCUCUCCACAAUCCCCGAAGGCAAGAACGUCAUUGUCAAAUGGCGUGGCAAGCCCGUUUUCAUCCGCCACCGAACAGCAGAUGAGAUCAAGGAGGCCGAGAGCGUCAAAGUCGAGACAUUGCGGGAUCCCCAGAGGGAUGAGGAUCGUGUUAAGAAGCCUGAGUGGUUGAUUAUGGUUGGUGUCUGCACACAUCUAGGUUGUGUACCGAUCGGUGAAGCGGGGGAUUUCGGAGGAUGGUUCUGUCCCUGCCACGGCUCUCACUAUGACAUUUCUGGCCGUGUACGAAAGGGCCCGGCUCCACUGAACCUCGAGAUCCCAGAAUAUGACUUCCCCGAAGACGGAGCGCUGAUCAUUGGUUAG